AUUUGACAUGUUCAGUCGGGUAUGGUGAGCUGAAAAAGGAAAGAGAUGACUACAGUUUGUCAACGUUAACGUACAAGUUAUUAGUGUUUUUCUGUAUCUUUUUGGAAUCGUGCUGACAAGAUGUCGGAGACAUAUGAUGUGGACAUGUUUGACCCUCCCCCUGACCCUGACCUGAUUUGCUGCAUCUGCCAGGGUGUGCUGAACGGACCAGUAGAGAGUCCCUGUCGUCAUGUGUACUGUCGCCGCUGUAUAGAGAGGUGGCUGGGCAACAAUGAGAACUGCCCAACGUGCCGUGAUGUCCUGCACACGUCCGAAUUGAAACCAGUGCUGCCCAUUCUUCAGAAUAUGAUCAACAGACUCACCCGGAAAUGCAGGUUCAUGUUUUCUGGGUGUAAAGAGAAGAUACCUGUGGAGAGAUAUGAAAGCCAUAUUAAGACUUGUGACUUUGAACUGUUUGACUGUCGCUUUUCUAAAUGUGGACAGAGGGUUCUGCGAAAAGACCUGAGAAUCCACGAGGAAGAGACUUGCUUGUUCAGAGAGCUGAAGUGUACCAGAGACUGCGAACUUAUGAUCCUUUUCUCUGACAUUGACUCCCAUGAUUGUCUUUUGGCCCUGAAACAACGCUUGGAAGAGGUAGAAGAGAAGAGGUCUAAACUGAUGGCUCAGGUAACAAAAAUGCUGGACAACCAAGAGUAUUUGGUGAAAGAGGUGAAUAAGCUACGUACACAGUCUGAGAGGCGCAGACGUCGUCGUCAUACUUCACUUUUCAGCGACUUUAGUGUAUCGACAGAUUCUUCUGAUAGCUUUCAUACAGAUACAGACUUGACAGAUUCCACAGAAUCUGAAAUUCUUUCUCCUCCUCAGUCUCCAGAAAACUUUGCAGGCAAUCCCACAACUAGAGCAAGAACAAGAGCAAGAGACACAGAUCCUUCAGCCUCCAGAAAUGAUGUCAACGGAGCAGCAGAGAAUGAACCAGACGUGGAUGUAGUCACUGUUGAUGUUGACAGUGAGAUAUCAUUCAAUCUCCGUGGACGCAACGUGAGGCUGCCAUCAUCGUCUUCUGAAUCUGGAAGUGAAAAUAGAACAGUAGCUGAUGCAGUCACUGUUGAUGGGAGGCAGUCGUCCACUCACACCAGUCAGAAUAACAAUCGUGCCAGAAUGGUAAAAGAGGAAACAGUUGUGAGAAGAUACAACCCUGGAGACCCUGCCCUACGAGACUUGGACUUCCUGCCUCCUGAAGGCUCAAAUGAACGAAAGUUGGUCGGGCCUGUGAUUCAUACAACAACAACACGCAUGUACCGUUACUGUGAUGACAACGUCACAAAUGUAAAUGAACCAGAAAACAGGAAUGUCCCUUGCACGUCAGCGUCAGUUUUGUCCCAAGAAAAUCCAUCGAUUGAAAAUAUGAACUAUAACUGCACAACAUCAACAGCUACCAGUAGAGAGGAUGAAUCAGCAAAUAGAGAUUCAGGGCGGGGAAUGGCUGGAUCUGAAGAAGAGUUUGCUUAUAACAACCCAAGUUCAUCAGAUACCUUUUACCAUGGGGAUACAUCUUUGGAUGUUAGUAACCCUUACUCAUCAUGUAGAAGUAGCGACAGAAGUGAGGACCGUGAAAGGCGUUCCUCUAGAUCAGUGUCUCAAAGCUCUUCACACAGUUGUUCUAGCGGUUACUCCAAGGAUAUGUCCAAUAGUCAAACAAAUUAUGGCAGCAGUUCGUCAAAAAGCCCUUCUAGAAAUUGGUCAGAUCUUGAAAGUCCUUCAAGAUCAUAUUCAAGACACACCAAAAGUUUUGAUAGAAGUCCCUCUCCAAGUCCAACGAGGAAAUGCUCAGAUCGUAUGUCCAGAAGCCCUACAAGAUCAUAUUCAAGAGGGCGCUCCAGAAGUCAUUCCAGUGGCUAUUCUAAAAGCCCCACCCAAAACAUGCAUAGCAGUCCAUACAGUUCUGCUUCUAGCAUUCCAUAUACAAGGUUUUCUAGAAGUCGGUGGUCCAGAAGUCGAAGCCACUCCAGAGGACAUUACUCGCCUUCUUCUACAGACAGCAGUAGGUCAAGGGGAAGUUGCUCUGAAUCAAAGCCUAAAAAGAGACGUUUGCACAAGGGAAAAGUGACUUCUGUGCGAAAGGAUACAUCUAGCUUUUCAAUAUCCAACGAUAGUGACGUGACUAGCAGUAGUGACGAUGGUGCCUCUCUAGAAAGAGGAAUGUCACCUAGGUUCAGUGUGUACUCUUACUCGUCCAACAGAAGUGAAGCUGAGUAUGCUCUUUCUUCUCCUAUGAGAAGAUCAAGAAGGGGAUCAAGCACUUCCUCGUCAGGUAGUAGUUUUAACCCGAGGAAAAGUAGUUCAACUCACAUGCCUGAUGACGCAAACUCGAAAUCACGGUCGAGUUCAAUCCACUCACCUGACAGAAGCCCCUCAACGGACCGAAGUUCAAAUGAAAAGACAAGAUCAACAAAACAGUGUUCUUUCUCUGAUGACGGUAGUGUGAAUAGUGAUGUUAGUUUUAGUCCCUAUACACCAUUGUCUCCCAAACAAAGCUCUAGAAAUCAAAAAAGUUCAGAAAGUUGUAACAGCAUGUCUACGGACAGUUCAUUAGCAUCUGACACAAGUUUUCAAUCCUCUGUGAUCCAUGUUCGGGAAAGUGAUAGACAGGAUGGCUCGUUGUCGUCUGGUCGCAAUUCAGUUGUUGAUCUAAACAGCACACUGUCUUCUGUAUCCUCACAGUCCUCGCCAUCUUUAUCAUCACAAUCAUCAUCUUCUGAAGUAGAGAAUAAAAUAACCGAGGAAAAACAGUUGUCAGAUUGUGCUAGUCCAUGGGAAAGCACAACAGAGAGUGAUACAUUGCAUCAAGUCAUCUCUUCACCCUCCAUCAAGAAUGCACAUAAUGGUUUUAAGUGUGCUAGAACUGACCAAGGCAGUGCUCCGGCUAAAUACACCGAAUCAGUGGCAGUUCGUAGGGGUGAUAAAGAUCAACGACCUUCAAAGGGUAGUCAAAAAAAUGAUACCAGAGCAAAACAUAAACAGAGUGCUAGCAAAACACAAAACAGUGUAGCACAGUCUUCAACUACCAGGACUGGGAGUGAAGUAAUAUCAGAUCCGCAUAUUACAGUGAGUGAGAGGUUCCGCGCAGCAGAACUUGAGAACCAACCUGAAGAUCUUCAGUUACCGUGCCAACCACUUUUGACAACUGGCGCCAGCGUUCCAGUGACCUCGAACAAACUGAGAAAAGAACAUGGACAGGGGAAAAAACGACCACAAAUUGCAGAGGAAUCUGACUCAUCAUUAACUAAAAGUAAGAAAACCUGUAAAGAGAAGGUUUCGUCUGCUCCUUCGGCACAUAACAAUACAAGUUCAUCCUUGCUGUGGUAUAACACCGGGUGUUCUAAAUCAAAUAAUCCAACAGUGAAUGUUAAGAUAGAUCUCUCCUUAAAUGUUGAGCCGCGGCCAUCAAUGCCCAGUCGCAAAGAAGAGUGCACUACAACCUCAUCUAAACCAAGUACUGUCUGUACCUCCUCUUCAACUGUUGCUGCGGUAAACACAGUCAUGGAUCAGUCAAAAAAUAAGGCUCGGUCAGAACAGUUUUCUAGACCUCCCAAGGAAAGUCUUUCAAGAAAAUUUCAGCAGAAAACCAGCAGUAAAAAGCCUGCAACCUUGGGGAAACCAUCAUCGCAGGCCAAACGUCAGGCGGCACACCCUGACCAUGCUGCUAGUGGAGCAAGUGAAACAAGAAACAGUCACUUUGAAAGACAUAGUUUUCGAAGAGAGGAGGAAGUCUAUGGCGGACGAGAAGGCGAUCAGUCAUUAGAUCGGCAUUUGUUUCUUCUAGAGGACACUGACGAAAGCAGUGACGAGUCCUGGAGCCCAGGACGUCACUCAGACGCCACCGAUGUCACCAUAUCGGAAGAAAUUGAAUCGGAUUCCAGUUAUGAGCUGGUUGUUCCUAAGUCCACAAAACAACUGUUGGAUGAACUUGCUAACACCAAUGAUGAUAGCGAUGACACUUGGUCACCCAGUUCCUAUUUUUCUCCAUCUCCUUAGAUAACUUUGGACUUGUCCCCUCCAUCCGUACUUUUCUGGAUAGUUCUGUAUACUAGUGAAACUGUCACUCUUGGUUUGAAUAUGAUUGACAUUCAGUAAAUUUAAAAGAAAAGGAAAAACGGCAGCUGUUGUCAUGACCUGUUGUCAUCUACACUGCCUCCCAGUUGAAUUGUAAGCUGCCUGAGUUGAGGUCCACCAUAUGUCUGUUGUUACACUACACUAGGUUGAAUAUGCCAAGCACAACCGGAACAGGAAAUUCUACCUUAAUAGAACUUGCUUAAUUAUUUAAAAGAAAUGAAAAAAGAAAGAAAAAAAUACAUGCAAUGUUGGAUGUCUUAGUUUUUGAAAUGAUCGUAAAGGUGAUUGUCAUCGUUGAAAUUUGUAAAUAGAUUUGACGGAUUAUUGGACCUGAACUUCGCACUGUUAUAUGCUAUAGGUCAUACAUAGUGCGCAUGAAUGUCUUGCAGCAUUGUUGUGCAUUGAGCGUAACAUAUUUAUUUAAAUGGUACUUCAUCAGUUUAAAUAGUUUACUUUUGAUUAUAAGCACCAUUAUGAGGGAAAUCCUUCAAGUUGAUUUUUUUUCUGAUUGCCUAGAAUCUUGUGUGUGUAUUUAUGAAUUAUUUUCGUGUUUGUUUCCUGUUUAAUGCUAGGUAAAUGUAGGAUCUGAUUACAGGAAGCAAUCUAGACACUCAAAAUUUUUCAAAAUACGAUGUAUAUGAUUUUAUAAUUAUGAGUUGAUUACACUUGGGACUAGGAAAGCUUUUCAUUUAGUGACAUCAAAACAACAGCUAUUGUGGUAUGGUGGUAUGAAUAUCUGGAUAAAAAGAGAAAUUGUUUUAAUUUAGGCAAAGAAAUUGAGAUGAAUGUGAGUAUUGUACAUCGAACCAGUGUUAGCUGUCCUGUAAAUAUUGUUGUGUUACAUCGUACGUAGAUCUGUUCUUUAGGUCACACACAUGCACCGAUGCAUAUUAUUUUCUAAUUAUACAGCAUAUGUUAACUGGAAAUUUAGGUAAUUUGUGCAUUUCUGCAAUAUUGUUUUUUUCACGUCGGUGUAUGUAUCAGUUCUUAACUGCAUCUCUAUAGCUGUUGCUUUCUUAACUGGCUGCUAAUCUAAUUGGUGUAUGGGAUAUAGCAACUUUUCUGCAUUUCUGGUUAACCUAUUACACCAAUCUGUGCUGACCCAAUCAUUGUAAAAUUUUGUGUUCACACAAUAUACACAUCAGUAUAAGAAUAUUGUUAAUUCAUCCGUAGCUUUGAUUAUCUUUGUUAUUGGGACUACCUUUUGGUGUGAUAAUGUCCUAAUUGAGGAUGUGAUAUCUCGUUUUCAACUUUCUAUACCGUGAUACGCUACGCAGUAUGUUAAACUUUGUAAAAUUUUUGACAUGUCAAAGAUCGCUUCGUGGAUUAGGCCUCUUUACCAUCCUUCCCCAUUGGAAUGCGUAUGCUUGUGGGAACAGCUGGAAUAAAGUCUGAAAUCGAGGGAGCUUAUAAACAUGUUUGUACAUAAAAACAAGCACUUCAUGAAAACAUGGUGAAAUUAUGUUGGCAAAUGAUAGUGUCCUUGUCGACAAUAUAUGCAAAUCGGCUGUGAAUCAUUGUAAUAGUAUAGACAAUGUAUGCAUAUUUAACGAGGUACCUGGCAUUGUUUUCAACACCAGUAUUCCUAUAAGGUCGUUAAAAGGGGUAAUUUGUUCAAUAGGGCGUUAAACGCCAUUCAAGUGAAUAAACAUACAUGUACUUACAUAGGGCAGAAGCUUGUAUACAACCUGUCUAUGCUUAUGUAUGUAUGAUUUUGCCUAACU